AUGUCUAGUACAACUACUUCAGUAAAUUUGCAACCAUCCGCAAAAUUAGCUCAACCAUAUAUUCAAACUUCAUUAUCUGAAGUAACAGAUAUUUUACCUAUAAAACCACCAUGUCGUGUUUUUUUCAAGAAUGAAUUAGAACAACCAUCUGGCAGUUUUAAAUUAAGAGGAAUUGGUCAUUUGGUUCAAAAAUCAAUUGAGAAUGCAAUUACUAAUCAUCCAAAUAAAAAAAUCCAUGUUUUUGCUUCAAGUGGUGGUAAUGCUGGUUUAGCAGCUGCUUAUCUGGCUUAUUUCUAUAAGGUUAAAUGUACUGUUGUUUUACCAGUUAUUUCCAAAUUGGUGGUUCAAGAAAAAUUGAAAAGUUAUGGAGCUGAAAUCAUUUUAUUUGGAAAUACCAUUAAUGAAGCUGAUAAACAUUUAAGAAAUCUUAUGAAUUCAAUUGAUUUGAAUUCAAUUCAUCCAGUAUAUUGCCAUCCAUUUAACAAUCCUUUGAUUUGGCAAGGACAUGCAUCAUUAGUUGAUGAAGUUUGUCAGCAAUUACCAAAAGAAGAAUUGUCUUCUUUGAAAGGAAUGGUAUGCUCUGUUGGUGGUGGUGGUUUAUAUAAUGGUAUUUACCAAGGUAUGAAAAACAACAAGGUUAGUGGAGAAGUUUUAUUAAUUGAAACUAAACAAGCUCCAACAUUAAGUGAAAGUUUACAAGCUGGUGAUGUCAUUACAUUAAAAUCUGUUAAUUCCAUGGCAACAUCAUUAGCUUGUUCUUAUACCACUAAACAAACAUUAGAAUAUUAUCAAGACAAAUCCACAAUUGAAUCCAAGCUUGAAGUCAUUGAUGACAUUGAUGCAUUAAGAGCUUGUCUCGCUUUCAACAAGUGUUGUAAAAAAACUGUGGAACCUGCUUGUGGUGCUGCUUUAUCUGUUGCCUACAAUAGAAUUGAUUUAUUGUACAAGAAUUUCAGUCACUUACAACCAAGUGACAUUGUGGUAGUUGUUGCUUGUGGUGGUUCAUGUACUACUGAUGCUGACCUUACUACUUUCCCACAAAUCAUCAGAAAAGCCGAAACCAAAUUAUAG